GCUCAGCACCGCUGUGGGCCUGCUUCUUCCACACCGAAUUUGAGCUGAGGAAGCCCAAGACGGUCACGCAGGCCGACAUGAAGGUGGAGAUGCUUCCCGCCCUCACGGACAACUACAUGUACCUCCUCAUCGACGAGGAGACCAAGGAGGCUGCCAUUGUUGACCCUGUGCAGCCCCAGAAGGUUUUGGAGGCUGCCCAAAAGCACGGAGUGAAGCUGACGACAGUCCUAACCACCCAUCACCACUGGGACCAUGCUGGAGGCAACGAGAAGCUGGUGAAGAUGCAAGCAGGGCUGAAGGUGUACGGGGGAGACAGCCGCGUCGGAGCCCUGACUCAGAAGGUGUCGCACCUGACCUCGUUCAAGGUGGGAUCCCUUCACGUGAAAUGUCUGUCCACCCCGUGCCAUACCUCAGGACACAUCUGCUACUACGUGACGAAGCCCAGCAGUUCAGAGCCGCCUGCUGUCUUCACAGGUGACACGCUGUUUGUGGCCGGCUGUGGGAAGUUCUUUGAAGGGACUCCGGAAGAAAUGUACCGAGCGCUGAUUGAAGUCCUGGGCCGCCUGGAGCCUGAGACGCGAGUGUACUGUGGGCACGAGUACACCAUCAACAACCUGAAAUUUGCACGGCACGUGGAGCCCAACAAUGCCGCCAUCCACGAGAAGCUCGCCUGGGCCAAGGCCAAGUAUGACAGUGGCGAACCAACCAUCCCAUCGACUAUUGCAGAAGAGUUUGCAUACAACCCCUUCAUGCGAGUGAGGGAGAAGACAGUCCAGAAGCACGCCAGGGAAACCGACCCUAUUCGGACAAUGGGAGCCAUCAGAAAGGAAAAAGAUAACUUCCGGGUGCCAAGAGACUGAGUAUUUUGCCUGAAACACUUUAUUGUCGGCUUGACCAUGAAUUAGCUGUUUUAGCCGCUAGAACGCUCCUUGUUCUGUUGUGUGUAGUUAGGGUUUGGUUUUGGUUUUUUUGGGUUUUUUUUUUUUUUUAAAUGGUCUAAAGGAGAAAAAAAAAAAGCACUUUGCUCUUGUUGAGCUGUUCCUUAGCAUAUUUAUAAGAUGAUAAAGAAUAUUUAUCCCUCUAUCCCUGACUUUCCAGCUGUGUCCCUUGCAUUGAGGUCAUGCACAGAUCACUUACCAAACGUUCAGCAUUUAGCUCAGGGAGGGUCAGGAGAAGGCUAAUGUUGAGGGCCCAGGGCAAAGCUCCGGUGUCUCCUCUGUAGGGCUGCAGCGCCAUCGGGCCCUGGCGCUUCAUUUAAAGUCUGUCUUAGGGACAUGCAUCACUACACAGAGGGCUGAAGAGCUGCUUCAUGACCUUUUUGUCUUUCUGCUUCUAUGUCUUUGAGCUGCUCAGUCCCCUGGUCCAGGUGCAAUGCUUGCUCUGCCAUCAUCAGUGUGGAGUCUCAUUCAUUAGAUCUGCCACAUCGCUUGCUUGAUAUUCGCUCGGCUCUAAAAAUGGGUCGGCGGGAUGGUUUGAGCUGUCCUUUGUGUUGCAGUGGCUUAUUCCUUUGCUUCUGUAUGUUGGAGAUAGCAGUAACUCUUGAAGCCAGUGCGUGCUCAGCCUGGGAGGCUGGACCAUUUAUGGACUGCUGUUAACUGCUGUCAGGCUUAUCUGUAGCUCACUCCUCCCCAAAGUAUAAUUUGCAGAGGUUGUAUUAAUGCCAGGCUGUAGGCACCCAGCUGAUGUGUAAGUAAGACCCCCAAAAGGUCUACUAAUAAACACAGGUCUUAAAACCUGACUAGAUACUGAGCUCUACAAGAGGGCUUCUACUGCCAGUGUGGCCAGACUAGUCACGGUGCAAGUAGAUGCUACUUUAGUUUAACGGUGUCAGCUUGCCUGACCUUUCCAGCCAGGAGAGCGGGGCAUUAACAACCCCUGCUUUGCGCAGGGAAGUCCAGGCCCCGGCUGUCUUGCGAGAGUGGCUGUCGGCUCUCUGGGGUCAGUGAGAGAAGCUGGAUCUUUGGUAUUUCACCUGUGGGUUCCUGCAGCUUCCUACCUUCCCAGCAAUAGCUUUUAAAGGAGUCCCGCUUCAUGUGAGGGAAGUCCAGGCUGGGCACAUUCACCUUCUGGUCUGAGGUCAGAAGCUGCCCCAAACCUCGGUGUGUCUGUCUGUACACAACAUGACUCCCUGCUUUUCGUUUGGACUCGCUAGGCCACGUGGCGGGCAGCAUCCCCUUCACAAUACGAAUGGCACAUCCAGCUGUGUGGCCUAGCAGUGCCACCAGCCUCAAUGGGAACUGUGUAGACUGCUUUUAAAGCACAGCGGGUUCAACUUGGUGACUAAGCUGGCAUUUCACCUGGUUCCCUCUCGCCAUUGGCAAAGCGAUGCCAAUGAGGAAGAGCAGUGGAGCCCCAGCUCCCACCCCGGGCUGUUUGUGACCUCGGACAAGCCCCUAAUCUCCAAGAGCUUCCACCCCUGCCUCCCUAAAUCCUGCAUAUGAUGCUUCCCUACCUUCUGGGGAACUGCUGCCGGUUUCUAAGAUGUUCUGGGAUCCCUGCACGUGAGGGACUGCCUUGCUACUGUGCUUGCCAUCUUCCACUUCGCUGUUAAGACUAUGAACCAUGCAGCAUACGGUAAAAGCAGGUUAUUUACUCAGUUAAAGCUCCCUGCAUCAGCAAAGAUGGAAAUUCCCAUUUGAAUGCACUGGCUUGCAACACCUGCGAGUUCUGUGGUGCACAUGCUGUGUCCUUACGGUGCCCACAAGGCUUGAGAAGCAAGCUGAGAAGGGAGGACUCUUUGCAGGGCCUGAGUGUGUAGGAAGAGGCUGGGCAAAGCUUGCAUUUUGCUGGUGAGGCUUGACCCCAGGGGGAAGGCAGAGCACACUGUCAGCAUUUGCAUUUUAACGGACUGGGCUCCUAAUUCUGUCCUCCUCCUGUCUCUGAUUGCACUGGUACUGACUGCAAGUCUGUCGACACAUGUAUGAUUUUCAAUAAAUGCUUCACAGUUGAACC